GCAUCUGACCAGAGGGUGGCGCCAGAAAUAAACCAUUCUUCGACUUCCGCCGCGUAACCUCUGAACCCGGAGGUUUCCCACGUGGUUCAAUGGAGGCGAGCAGAGGAAACGUGCAGAAAGCCGAACAGAGAGCCGGGAUGAAGAAAACUGAGAAAACGAACAAAAAGAGGAGUAAACAGGACGAGGAGGAAGAGGAGGAGGAAGAUCAGCUCUUCAAUUUGAACAACAAAUCUUUGGAAGAAGAUGAAGAUUUAUCAGACAGCGAGGAGAGCGUCUACUCAGGCCUGGAGGAUUCUGGGAGUGACCCUGACGAAGAGGAAGAGGAGGGAGAAGAUGGAGGAUCAGAUGAUGAUGAUGAGGAUGAGGAGGAUGAACAGGACCAGAAUGAAAAAUCGACUGUGAAAAAGAGCAAGAAGAAGGAAGGAGGAGAUGAAGAAAAGGAAGUGAAGAAGGAAGACGAAUACGACCAUGACACGUCAGACGAGGAGGACAUCAGGAACACGGUGGGAAACAUCCCCAUGGAGUGGUACAAAGACUUCCCUCACGUCGGCUACGAUUUAGACGGGAAGAAGAUCUUCAAGCCGAUCAGGAACAAGGACGAGCUUGAUGACUUCUUGGACAAAAUGGAGAAUCCCGACUACUGGAAAACGGUUCACGACAAGAAGACGGCGAGCGACAUCGUGCUGUCGGAGGAGCAGAUCGAGUUGGUGAACCGUCUGCAAAAAGGACAGUUUGGAGACGUUAACUUCAAUGAGUACGAGCCCACAGUGGAGUUCUUCAGUAAUGACGUCAUGAUUCAUCCAGUCACAAACAGACCUGCAGAUAAGCGCAGCUUCAUCCCUUCACUCAUCGAAAAGGAGAAGGUCUCCAAACUGGUUCACGCCAUCAAAAUGGGUUGGAUCAAACCUCGGCGGGUCCAGGACGACAGCAGGGGGCGAUUCUACGACCUGUGGGCCAAUGAGGACUCGUCCAUUCUGGCCAAACACAAGAUGCACCUGCCGGCUCCUAAGAUCCCUCUGCCGGGUCACGAGGAAUCCUACAACCCUCCGCCGGAGUUCAUGUUCACAGACGAGGAGAAAGCUCUCUGGGAGCAGCAGGACCCGUCUGACCGCAAGCUGCCUUUCAUCCCCAAAAAGUAUCCCAGCCUCCGUCAGGUUCCAGCGUUCUCUCGGUUCAUCCACGAGAGGUUUGAGCGCUGCCUCGACCUCUACCUGUGUCCCCGGCAGAGGAAGAUGAGGGUGAACGUCAACCCAGAAGAUCUGAUCCCCAAACUUCCCAAACCAAAGGACCUGCAGCCGUUUCCAACAACCCAGGCUCUGGUGUAUCGAGGUCACAGCGGCCUGGUUCGCUCCAUCAGCGUGUCGCCAUCAGGACAGUGGCUCGUUUCAGGCAGUGACGACGGCUCGGUCCGGCUGUGGGAGGUGUGUUCGUCUCGCUGCCUGAAGACGGUCCAGGUGGGCGGAGCCGUGAAGAGCGUUGCCUGGAACCCGAACCCGUCGCUCUGCCUCGUGGCUGUCACUGUGGACUCUGCGGUGUUGAUCUUGUCUCCAGCUUUGGCCGAUAAACAGGUCAUCUCAGCGUCGGAGAGGCUUCUCUCUGCCCAGCAGGAGGAAGGGCCCUCUGAAGGGUCUCAGCCUGUAGUUUGGUCAGAAAUGGAGGGGGAGGAGCUAAAUCAGGGCAUCCGCCUCAAAAUCCAACAUCCCAAGCCGGUCCACCAGGUGACGUGGCACAGCAAAGGAGACUACCUGGCGUCGGUGAUGCCGGACCACUCCAGCCACAUGCAGGUGUUCAUCCACCAGCUGAGCCGUCGGCGGAGCCAGAACCCCUUCAGGAGGAACAAAGGCCUGGUCCAGGCCGUGUCCUUCCACCCCAUCAGGCCCUAUUUCUUUGUGGCGACGCAGCGGUCGGUCCGGAUCUACAACCUGGUGAAGCAGGACAUGACCAAGAAGCUCCAGGCCAACUCCAAGUGGAUCUCCAGCAUCGCCGUUCACUCUGGAGGUGAUCAUGUGAUCUGUGGGAGCUACGACUGCAGGCUGAGCUGGUUCGACCUCGACCUUUCAACCAAACCGUACAAGAUGCUGCGGCAUCACAAGAAGGCGGUGAGGAGUGUGGCGUACCACAGAGGUUACCCGCUGUUCGCCUCGGCAUCAGACGACGGAUCGGUCAUCGUCUGCCAUGGAACCGUCUACAACGAUCUGCUGCAGAACCCGCUGAUCGUCCCAGUCAAAGUUCUCCGGGGUCAUGUGAUCACGCAUGACCUCGGCGUCCUGGACGUGACCUUUCACCCCACACAGCCCUGGGUGUUCUCGUCCGGCGCCGACGCCACCAUCAGACUCUUCACCUGAGAACCAGCCCUUUAUUUCAGAGGCGGGGAUCUCUUCCGCCCUACUGUAUCCUAGCAACCAGAUCUGACUGGUUGCUAGGAUACAGCAGUCAAGAGGUCCUUUCCUGUAGUUUUUGUGUUCGUUUGUACUCAAUAAAAUAUAACAUUCUUACUCUU